AUGACAGAGAACCAACGGCCAGUGGGCCUCCUUUUUGACAUUGGCGGCGUGUGUGUCGUAUCGCCAUUCCAGGCCAUUCUUGACUAUGAGGUCUCCCAGAAUAUCCCGCCGGGGUGGGUGAAUUUCAGCAUUUCUAGAACAAAGCCAAAUGGCAGCUGGCAUAAGCUCGAACGAGGCGACAUUCCAAUGGAUGCCGAGUUCUUUGCCGGCUUCAACACAGAUUUAUGCAACCCAACUCUCUGGAAACAGUUCCACGAGCAAUUACACCAAAAGAAGGGCCUCAGCGGGGACGCCCCGAUACCUCCACUUCCCACCGUGGAUGCGGAAUGGCUUUUCUGGGAGAUGAUGAGGGUAUCUCGUACACCCGAUCCAUAUAUGCUCCCGGCCUUGAAGAAGUUGAGAGCGUCCGGAAAGUAUCUUAUCGGUGCUCUUUCCAACACAGUCAAGUUCCCCGAGGGGCAUCCAUACAAUAAUGAUGCAUCCGGUGUGAGGUCACAGUUUGACUUCUUCAUUUCGUCUGCACACACGGGGUUGCGCAAGCCUGACCCGAAGAUUUACGAGGUUGCUAUCCAGGAAAUGAAUACUUUGGCCAAGCAGCGGGGACUAGCGAAGGUUCAGCCUUCGGAUAUCGUCUUCUUGGACGACAUUGGUGAAAACCUAAAGGCGGGAAAGAACGCUGGCUUGCGUACCGUUAAGGUCACACUCGGACGCAUCCAAGAUGCAGUGAUGGAGCUCGAGAAGAUUACGGGGCUCGACUUGCUCGAGGGUGGGGAUAAAGCUCGACUAUGA